AUGACAAGGAUUGUCAUUAACAAGAUCAAUUCCGACGGAGUGCGCAAAGACAGCCCGCCUAAUGAGCCUCUGGAGAAGAAAUCCUCCGGAAAGAAGGAGGACUACGCCUUUAAACUGCGUAAGAUCAUCACAGAUGACCUGAGUGAUGUCAACAGCAGUGAAAUCGAGAUCGAAAGUUCGGCACUGUGGGAGCUUAUGAAAACAAGCCUGGUUUCAUACCCCUACCAUAUCUUCCAUGGGAAUCUUCCCAAGACUCUCUACUCUCCCUACGAGGCCAUCGUUCUCAAAUGGGACAAUCUUGUCAGGGCCACCGAGGAUCCAAAUGCAGGAGACGAACAGGCUCGAAGUGAUCUCAAAGAACUUCUCAGCGUCGUCGAGACUGGAUCGGGAGAUCCCAAACUUGAAACUUAUUUCCGCAAACGCACCUCGAUCAAAGAACAAAACUUGAUCACUUAUGAAGCGCUGUGGACCUUAUUUCCUCCAGGAGGCCUCAUCUAUGGCAAAGUUUUUCAGGGCCAGGAUCAAGUACUCAUUGUGGAGGACAACACCAGCCCUUGGCCAUACCGGGACAACCAUUUCCAGCUCUUGUGUUGGACAUACGAUUGGGACGGCUCCCAGUUCAAGCGCUUGCCGCUACGCCUGGAUUUCGAGCCGUAUGACAACGAGAAACCUAUCAAUUCGUUGCCAUAUUAUCCAUUGGAAUACCACGAGGACCCCGAAGCGCUCAAGACAAGAUUGAUCGAGCGGGGGAUGAAGUACAGGAAGCUCUGCACAGCCAGGCCUGGGUCGCAGAUGUUUGAAUACGCUGGACAGACGGUUUUCCUCAAAAAGGGAUUUUCAGGUGUCCAGGGCAAUGAAGAGUCAGACAGCGAUCUCAUUUCCCAGGAUGUAUACGGAUUUUCUUCGAAACCAUAUCCUGGCGGCCAUGUCACCAAGUCCGUCCAGGUGACAGGUCGAGUCAUGGUUGACUUUCAAUCGUACUUUCGAUACGGGCUUGGGGUUGCGAGCGUUGGUGAUCUCGUGCCGAACGAAGGCCACACUGAAUGCCAGUGUCCAACUUGUCUCCAUAACCCGGCCCUCCGCACCAUCUUCAGAUCUAAUUUCGAUGGAGCUAAUUGUGAUGGAAAGCAGUGGGUUCCGGAGCAAUAUCUUAUAUGCCCCCCACGAGUGUUGGGGUAUAUCUUGCGUGAAAAACAGUGGGCUCAGCUGCAAGUGGACUUGUUGAUAGAUGUUGCUCCGAAGGAUCACAACGACACUUGGUCUUCCGGGCUGAAGCUGGCCAGCAAAUCCACCAAGCAGAUGAUCCUGGAUCUUGUUACCGGUCACGGCCAACGAGGGUUAGAAGUCAAUGAUAUUGUUGAACGAAAGGGCAAGGGUUUGGUGAUUCUGCUCUAUGGUCCUCCCGGGGUGGGCAAAACAUCGACCGCUGAGACAGUUGCGAUCAAGGCUCGAAAGCCAUUAUUUGCGAUUAGCGUCGCUGACGUGGGCACCACCGCGAAGCAUGUUGAGGCCAACCUGGCCAGGAUCUUUGCCUUGGCUACCACUUGGCAGGCUAUUCUGCUCAUGUCAGUCAUUCUCUUCUCUGCACGGGUCCGGUACUGA